GUCCAAAAGCGCCAAAAUGACUGAAAACAGUCGCAAGUUUGGUUUCUCUGGUUUUCGUUUGGAAAAAUCGACUAUUCAAGUAAAUAGACCAGAAACAUGUGUUUCCAAAAGUUUACUCGAUGACCGCGAAUCAAAGCUGAAACUGAAAACUUCCAAAAAGAAUGAGUCUCUUCCGGAAACAGACCCCCUUGACGCGUUUAUGGAAAAUCUAGAGAAACAAAAUGAAAUUAACGACACGAAGAAAGACCUGUUAGUUUCAGAAGAAUUGCAAGUAGACUUUGAAGACCCUGUGGCAAGUUAUCUUGACUACAAAGAAAAGCAGGCUCCGGAGACGAAUACCCCAAGUGAAACACAAGACGAGGGUUUGACUGACGAUGAAGAAGUGGAAGCCGUGAAGAAAAGAAAGACAGUUCACUCUCUGGAACCACUAGAACCUCAAAAUUUUUCUUGUUGGCCGUUCCAGAAGAACUUUUGGAGUGACAAUUCAACUAGUAAAGACUCAGGGGAUCACAGAAAGUUGAUACAGAGAACAGAGAAGAAUAUUCACGUGACUGGUGAGUGCCCUGGUCCGAUAAAUUCAUUCUGUGAAAGUAGGCUACCAGAAACUUUGAUUCGAGUCAUAGAAGAAACUGGUUAUGAUAAACCAACACCAAUUCAGGCGCAAGCAAUUCCUGCAAUAUUAUAUGGUUGCAACGUUAUUGGAAUCGCACAGACAGGUUCAGGGAAAACUGCUGCAUAUUCCCUGCCUAUGAUACGCCAUGUUUGGGCACAGCCGAGGCCGAAACGUCGACAGGGACCCAUCGCGCUUGUGACCGCACCCACGAGAGAGUUAGCUCAACAAAUAGCUUCGGAAAUUCGUAAACUAGGAGCUAUCAAGUUUAGACUGAGAGUACUACUCACAGUAGGCGGCGACCCGAAAUAUGAACAAAUCAAAUCACUGAGAGAAGGAGUAGACAUUUUGGUUGGCACUCCUGGAAGAAUAAUUGACCUGAUUAAAAGCAAAGGUUGCAGUUUGCAACAAGUUACUUUUCUGGUCCUAGACGAGGCAGAUAGGAUGCUUGACCUAGGUUUCGAACCUCAAGUUCGUUCCAUUUUAGGUCAGAUUAGGCCAGAUCGCCAAGUUUGUCUCUUUUCGGCGACGUUUCGUAACCGUGUGCAGCAACUAGUGAGAGAAACUAUAGCGGAAGCUGUAAGGAUAACUGUUGGUGAAGCUGGGUCGGCAAAUGAAGAUAUUGAGCAGGUGGUGAAGUUUGUUUCUUCGGAAGACGAAAAGAUAUCUUGGUUGUGCGAGCAUUUACCACAGUUUUUGGAACGAGGCAACGUUAUUGUUUUUGUUGGAACGCGUGCGAGUUGUGCCAGCCUUACGAAUCAACUAAGGUCUCACAAUAUUCCCACCUGUGCGAUUCAUGGGGAGACAUCUCAAGAAGAUCGUGACGGAUUUCUGAAGCUCUUUCGAACUGGAGAUAUUCGCCUGUUGGUUUCAACUGAUUUAGCUUCCCGCGGUUUAGAUAUUGAGCAAAUUAACACUGUAAUCAAUUAUGAGACGCCUAAAAACAUUGAAUGGUAUGUUCAUCGCAUUGGCCGUACAGGAAGAGCGGGAAGGAAAGGAACAGCAUAUACGCUACUAACAGGGAAAGACAAGGCUUUCGCAAGAGAACUUGCAAAAUAUUUUCGCAGUCGUAACCAGUCGGUUCCAGCAGAGUUGGAAAAGCUGAUUCACGGUUUUCGGAGUGGUUCGCCACUCCAAGUUUUUCAAAAAGCCAAGAAUACCGACGAAUGAUUUUUGUUUUCACAAAACGGGUGUUCUUACUAUAGGAAUAGCCAUUCAUUGAAGAGACGAAGAAAUAGCUGACAAGUCUGAACUUUCUCAAAACUUUACAGUUUGACAGAUGUUACUUGCAGCACAAUGGAAAGGACGCAAGGCCCUUUUCAAGGCGAAAGAUGUGAAGUUUUUCGAAAUACCAAAAUGUAAUUGUUUGCUGGCAUAUCGAGAAUAUGUGAUAAAGAAAACUGUACAUAG